CGCCAUUAGUAUCGCGUUAGUAUCGCGCUAGUACCGCGUUAGUAUCGCGUUCUGCGCGACUGCCGCAAAGCCAGUCAAUUGUCCUCGGCCGCAUUCCUUCUCGAAGUAGCCUAAUCAUGAGCGCACCUGCAGCAGACCCUUAUCGGCAAACGCGAUCAGGACGGACGGGAUCUGUCAGGGCGCGCUCGGGACGGACGGCGUCGAGAGAAACUAGUAGGCGUGCGCGUGUACACGACCCCCUUAACUCCGAGGACCUACUUGCAGUUCAAACGCGUUCCAACCGCGUUACAACCGCGUUACAACCGCUUGCAGUGCGCACGCCUAGUUCCUCUCGGCGACGUCAAAAUACGAUUGACUUGACACCAUGGCGCGUUCCCCCCAUCCGCAACAUCCUCCAGCGUCGAAUCGCGCAUUCUAUGCUCUCACUCUCUCUCACUCUCCUCCCACUCGCGCCCUCAUUGUGCGCCCGGGUGGAACUCGACGCGCUCACUCUCCCACACAUAAAUCCCCCCCGUUUCCUCCUUCCGUCACCAUUUCUCUACCUUCUAGCUUCCCUCGUUCCCCAUCUCUAGAGUUCUUCUGCCGUCCCUCGACAUUCUCGCUUCUUUCGUAGUGUCUCGCUGCGGCUUGCUUGUUUGCUUGCUUCUCCCCAUCUGCUUUCAAGCACGCCAUAAUUCUGAUGGCGCGCGGACCGUCAUCCCUUCGCGGCGGGCGAUCCGCCCUCGGAGCUCGGCGCCUCGCCGCCGUAAUCGCUGCGGGCCUCGUUGCGAUCAUCACGAUGGGCGGCGGCGGCUUCAUCUUUCAGGCCAGCGCGUCCGAGUUCUUCGCGCCGCACAACCCCUUCGCCAUGGCGUACACGGAGCUCUAUUUCACGGGUCCAUCGGGAGCUUCCAAUACCGUCUUCUUCGACUAUGAUCUCUGCAGCCGCUUCCCACCCGCCAGCACGCGCUUCCCCAAGGGCGCAACCGUGAAGGUUCAGUGGGACGCGGAUGGCGGGGGGCACUUCAUGUGCAAGAAGCUCUCGUUUUACCGCACCCCCAAGUGUGGGGGGCGUCCGUACCUGACGCUCGCGCUGCCGGCUGCUCUGAAGGCUACUGGCAGUGGCAUGAGCCGCACUGCCCGGCACAACGUGUUGACGCGCCGGGCCCUCACUGCCGCCCAGGUGCCUGUGGCAGUCAAAUGCGAGUUGGCAUGAGGGAUGGCCACGAGGGAAAGGGCUAAUGGGCUUGUUAGCCCACGGCACUCUCAUCCAAGAUCCCAUUUGCUGAUUAUCAAGUUCCCAUCUUAGUGACUGGCUUACCAAGAGCUCUAAUGUUGCAAUGUAUCUGGUCUGUGUGGGUUUCCUUUGUGAGAUUUUUGGUGUCUAAUACAUGCUUAUAUAGCUCCCCCUUUGUAUGGUGUCGUAUGC